UUGGACCCAAUUUACAUGUGGUCGAGUCAAGACACAUGAGGCAUAGCAGUAUGUCGACACAUUGCGAUAUCCUAGCAGGUUAGCACCCAAACACUGCAACAAGUUGCUGCGUCAAGUGCCAAACAGAUGGCCCCAUAGAUGUAUAAUCAAAACCAGCACUGCAUGUUUCUGAGCUCGUGGCCUUGUCUGUUGUCUCUUGCCAACCUGAGAUGAUACAUGAUAGCUGCACAUGAACUGCAAGCUCUAUCUCUCUUUCGUUUCUUCAGUUCUGGCCUAUAAAACCAUCGGCAUUAGCGCCCAAGGCUUCAUCAGUCCAUCAGCAAGGCAAGUACUACAGCAAGCAGCUGAACACCACCUGAUACAAACUGAAGUUCUCUGAACUCUUUGCCAAGAAAGUAGGAGAAGCAACCAUGUUCAGUGCCAAGAGACUCGUUCAAGCCGCCCUGGCGAGGAAGCGGCUCACGUCUACGCCGAUGAAAGAAACCGAAGCACCGUGCAGCACGUCGACGGCCGUGGCUGGCAAGGGUCGCUGCGUCGUGUACUCGGCCGACGGCCGGAGGUUCGAGGUCCCAUUGGCGUACCUCGGCACGCCGGUCUUCGCGGAGCUCCUGGACAUGUCGCGGGAGGAGUUCGGGUUCACGAGCGACGGCGGCAGGAUCACGCUGCCCUGUGACGCCGCGGUGGUGGAGUACGUGAUUUGUUUGCUCCGGCGAGAUGCCUCGGAGGAGGUUGUGAGGGCGUUCUUGAGCUCCAUGGCCGGGCCUUGGCACACUGUCAGCGGCACGGCGCCAUCGAUGGGACUCAUGCGCCACCCAGCUGUUUGUGUAUAGCUCAUUAGCUCGUGAUGCACUAUAUUAGGUUCUUGUUUAGUUGGAUGUAAAGAUUCUGGGAUCACAAGGAAAUGGUACAAAAGA